AUGGACGCGAUCAUGAAAGCCGAUUACGGCGACGCCGCGCAGAAGGCGGUGAACGACGCCGCGUCGAAGAGCGUCGCGCAGGUCCGCCUCCCACCCGACGACUCGACGCCGGCCCGUCGUCCGCGCGCGUCCGUCGACCGAACGCGAACGCUCGUCGGAGACAUCCGAGAAUCUAAAUCUAACGCCGCGGCGCAGCUGUUGUCGCGCUCGACUCGACCGGACUCACGCGUCCUUCUCCCUCCCCAUCCCUCCCGCCCCACCCUCGACGAGCAGCGCCGCGAGCGCGCGCGCGCGCCGGACAUCCCGCGCGCGGAGGACAAGCCGUUCCGCCCGCCGUUCUGGGACAGCAAAGCCUACGGCGAGCCCUACGGCGACUUCAACCGAGCACCGAAACCAAAGCCGGUGGUGUUCGUUGAGAGAGCCCCCGCGGGGGUGCCGACGACGGACCUGAAAGGCCAGCCGAUGCGCGCGCGCGACCGCGCGGCGAUCGCGUCCGAGAAGGCGUCGCUCGCCGCGGCGAAGCACGUCCGACGGAGAGAGACGCGAGAGAAGCGAGCGGAAGAGCGUCGCGAGGAUCCGCCGUACGCGAGAUACGUCGCGGUGGGCGCCGAGGCGCGUUCUAUACACUGGUCCCCAUACGACCGCGUUGGCGAGGUGGACGCCGAUCCUUAA